UACAGCAUCCAUAUACAGUUGAUCACAUUAAUAUUCAAACAGUAAUCAAAAUUUUUCAUUUAUGCUUUUUUCAGAGGACAGGAAGGCAUUUACUGAGCCCCCAAUCCCUGGCUACAAGGGCUUCAUCCCCCGCAUUGGUACAACAGAGCUUGGUCUUGGCGGGCGCUACCACACUACAACCAAGAAUGGCUUAGAAUCUUUUGCAAAGGAAACCAUGCAUCAUUUUGCAGUCCAACAAGAGCCAAUUAAAGUUGAAAGAGGGGAUGACCUUGUCAAAAUGCCUUCCUAUGCUAGGCGGUUAUAUCUUCAUGACGGCAUGAUUCCCAAGUACACAGGCUAUUGUCCACAGAGGCGAUUUAAUUUCGGUAACACCUAUGGAGACACAACUCGCUCACUGAAUGUAUGCAAACAUGACAUGGCAUGCUAUGGAGACUUUGCAAACACAAUGAGGCAGUCUGCUCCAGUAUAAAGAUAAUCUUUGAUAUUGAAACCAAAAUUACAUCAGAAAAUUAGUAUUUAUACCAAAAAAUGAUAAUUGGAGGAAGAUGACAGCAGGAAUCAGUAGCCAGAGGUUCAGUGAUUAUUUCAUAAGUCAUAAGAUUGGAUUAUUUUCAAUAAUGCUGGUGCCAAAUUGUCGAUGAAAGACAAAGAAAUAAUAUACAGCGAUCCCUUAAUUUUAUAUUGAUUACUUCUGAAGUUAAAUAGGCACUAAACUAGAUCAUUUUAAGGUACAUAUAUAAGAAUGGUAUAUACUUUUCUGUAUAUAACACAGUAAUAUCUUGAAUGAUUAGUGAUGGAAACAGAAUUUUACAAAUCAGAAAGAAGCACUUGGAGCAACAUUUCUUCUUGCAAAAAAAAA